GAUCGCGAUACACCGUAUUGUAGCGACCUAUAAAGCCUUACGAGUUCGCGCGAGCCUUUACAAUAUUGAUGAUCAUGAUAAUUUGACAAUAUCAACGCGACAGCUAUCCCGUGCCCAUUGUGAUUCAGUGAAGUGAUUUAUUUUGUCGCCCAAGAUGUCUCGCCACGUUCUUCUAUCUCGGUUGGCAGAGCAGUUCCAAGCGUCGUCACCACCAGGACAGCGCUUUCCGUCACCAGACCGCAGUGUGUCGCCACACUCACCUACUUCCAAGUCUCCACCCCUCUCUCCUGAUUCUCUUUCCCACAACCGUCUUGAUAUGCUUCAAAUUGGAGAUAUUGAGAUUGCAGGAAGAGCACUCAAGCAAUAUGCCAGAGCAACAGAACUUGGAGCCCUGAUGUACUGUAGCGGCCUAGGAGCCCUGUACGGCGGCGCCGGAGUUUGGCCUUUGCUACUACCUAGAGCUUCGCCCCAUUUCACACCACCACUCGACCACAUGCGACACACACCACCAAGAGAUGAUGACGAAGAGCUGCCUUUGAAUUUGUCCACAAAAAAUCGACAAAUAUGGUCACCGGGAAGCGCCUGUGAACGUGAUAGAGAUACAGACUCUUCUAUUGGAAAAUGGGAAAGCCAGGAAGAUAAUGAUGCGCCGCUUGAACUGGUGAAAAGGUGUCGCAGCAGCCCUGACGCUGACUGCAUAGAAACACGACGCUGCCCAUCAACUCCGAGCUACCAGACCUACCAACCACCAUCAGCUGAUGUUGGCUUCUCUCUGCUAAUGAAAAAUGAAAACCGAAAUGAAAAAUCAUUCCAGUGCAAACAAUGCGGCAAAUGCUUUAAACGGAGCAGCACACUAUCAACGCAUCUCCUCAUCCACUCUGACACUAGGCCUUACCCUUGUCAGUACUGCGGGAAACGCUUCCAUCAGAAAUCGGAUAUGAAGAAACAUACAUACAUUCAUACAGGGGAAAAGCCCCACAAAUGCGUCGUUUGCUCAAAAGCAUUCAGCCAGAGUUCGAACCUUAUCACACACAUGCGAAAACACACCGGGUACAAGCCUUUCUCAUGUGGUCUCUGUGAUAAGGCGUUCCAGCGAAAGGUGGACCUUCGUAGACACAGGGACUCCCAGCAUUCGGAUGCCAUAGACCCCAUCACAAAUUUAUCAUCCAAUCGGUACCGAUAUUAUGAUGAAACCGAUGUAUCGCCCCUUGCAACCAAUUGAGGUGUACCAAUAAUUAAAGCAAGUUGCCAAAGAUUUGAUAUCUUUAUGCCAUUAACGCAUUUAUGUACAAUAAGUACCAUUUGAAGAGUUAGUAAAAAAUUGUUACAAACACACGUGACUUUUGUUUUGUCUAUAUCGAUGAGUGCCUGUAUCAUAAUAUAACAUUAUUGUCCGUCCAAUGAUAAAAUAGCCGGCCAUUUUAUUGUAAGGGCCUACAAUGUAGGCCCAAUAUUUAUAUAAAUUUGUUAUGUAUUAACGUAUAACGUACCAGCCAAUAUUUUAAGUGUACGAAUCCUUAACAUGUUAACAAAUGUUUCAUUAUUCAGUUUAUAUUCGACAAAAUACUGUGAAUUCAUUAUUUUUGUAUAAAAUCACGAAAUAAUGUAUUAAGGCAAUCCUUAGUUAUAAGAAUGUAUUUAAAAUGUAAAAAUAGAGUCUUAAAACCAAAGUAAAGUGUCUUGUAGUCAAGUGUAAAACGCUUUAUUUAUAAAAAUCAACUUUAUCCUUUUAAGUUUCAAAUGUACCAUUUAUUUAUUCUUUCUUCUGUAGGUUAGUAUAUUCAGGGAUCAAUUUUAGAUCCUAAAUAAGUUAAGCAUUGAUAGUAUUGUGUAGUAACGAAAAUUACCACGAAUUUAUUACCUUUGAAAUCGAAAAAGCUACCGUCUGUUACCGUUUUAUGUAAAUUGUUACCAGCUGUGAAGAUAUUCAGGCAUUAACAGAUUUUUUUCAUGUAUAAAUUAAUUUUUAUAGAUCGUAUGUAAUUCAAUUGUUAAGUAGUUGCAACGCCGUUCGAGGCCUAUUCAAUAGGUAGGUACAACCAAUAUAUAUGUCAAGAUUCGAAAAGAAUUGUGAACAUUACGGCUAGAACACCAAAGAGUGUAGCUACUUUUUCUAGUUAUUAAUAGAUAAACCACCUAGGUUAAGCCAACGUAAUGAUUAUAACUCAACAUCUUACCAAAAUCAAAUUUUAAAUGUACCUACCUACCUAUCCCGGAUGUUUUGAUAAUUUAUUUACUAAGUAACGUAUUUCAUCUGUAAUUUUACUUUGUAUAUUAUGUCUAGACCAAAUUAGAAAUACUUAGGGAAACCGAUAAGAAUAAAAACAUUUCAAUAUCUGUACAGAAAGACCACUCAAACCUUUAAGAUUUCCUAUAUCAAAAAAAUAUCCUCGUACUUAGCUGUUAGCCUUCAACGCGUUUUCAAUUAAACAUUACAGUUUUUCUGAUGGUCCCUUUUGUCAUUGGGGUGUCAAAUGAUUAGCUACAAAACACUUGUUUAUUUUCAAGUUAAGGAAAUUUAUGGAGUUGUUCAAACCAUAGGUGCUAAGAGAUGUCCUAUGCCGAUAAUGGUUGAUUAAUAAUAAUGAUAUAUUUAAAGAAUAGUGGGCACAAAUAGAAUCAAGGAGUUGCCAGAUUCAAGUAACAAUAGUCCAAUAAAUGGGCCUCUCUUAAUUUCCAAUUGGUAUUUUGGUUUACACUAAAUUUACCUGUCCUUAUAGUAUAGCGUAAUGCGUGGCAAUUUUUUUUGAUAGCUUACUUUAUUUUUGACUCGGUUAAUGUUUCCAGCCUGUAAAAUUAUUUGUGUAGUUUAUAAGCGAAAUUAUUGAACAAAUUUGUAAAUAAGCACGUUAGAUAGUCUUUAUUAUGUAUUUAGGUAAUUCUUGCCUUUUCAAACGCGGUGAUAGCUACAUUAAAAGUCAAAUAUUGUUAAGAGACCUUAAUUGUAAAAAUUACUUUUAA